AUGGCGGUCGCCACCGCGUCCGGCGUGAUCUCCGCCCUGCUGGUUCUCGCCGGAGUCGCGGUCACGGCGCAGCCACAUCCUGCGGCGGGAGGGCCACCCGCUACACCUCCUCCGGCGGCGGGAGCCACCCCUCCGCCGGCGGUAGGGCCGCCCAAGGCGCCUCCGUUGCCGGCCGGGCCGCCCAAGUUCCCCGCGAUCCUCGCGUUCGGCGACUCGGUGGCCGACACGGGCAACAACAACCACCUCCGGACGUUCAUCCGCUCCAACUUCCCGCCCUACGGCAAGGACUUCCCCGGCCACAAGCACACCGGCCGGUUCUCCAACGGCAAGAUCAGCGUCGACCUCCUAGCGUCGGCGCUGGGCGUGAAGGAGCUGCUGCCGCCGUACCUGAAGAAGGGGCUCUCCAUCGAGGAGCUCAAGACGGGGGUGAGCUUCGCGUCCGCGGGCAACGGCUUCGACAACGCCACGUGCCGGACCAUGUCGGCGCUGACGAUGGAGCGGCAGCUGCAGCUGUUCCAGGAGUACAAGGAGAAGGUCGGGGGCAGCGUGCCCGACAAGGCGCUCUACUUCAUCGUGACGGGCAGCAACGACAUCGUGGAGCACUUCACCUUCGCGGACGGUAUCACGGAGCCCGGGUACGCGGAGAGCAUGGUGAGCCGGGCCAUCGCCUACGUGCAGUCGCUGGCGGACCUGGGCGCGAAGCGGAUCGCGCUGGUGGGGGCGCCGCCGGUGGGGUGCCUGCCGUCGCAGCGCAUGAUCGCCGGCGGGCUCCGGAAGCAGUGCGCCACGGACCGCAACCAGCUCGCCCUGCUCUUCAACCACAGGGUGGGGCAGGAGAUGGCGAAGCUGGGCGUCAGGCUCCCCGGGGUCACGCUGGUGAACGUCGACAUCUACACCAUCCUCGCCGACGUGAUCUACCGGCCGGAGGCGUUCGGGCUGAACAACACCCACGACGCGUGCUGCGGCUACAUCGGGCUGGCCGCCGCCGUGCUCUGCAACUUCGCCAGCCCGCUCUGCAAGGACCCCUCCAAGUACUUGUUCUGGGACAGCUACCACCCCACCGAGAGGGGCUACCAGAUCCUCAUCGACGCCAUCGUCGCCAAAUACUUCAGAUUCAUGCACUAG